AUGAAUGUCAACAAGAAGCUCGAUCGUUUUAAACAGUGGGCAGGAGAGCGCAUGGGCGGGGAAGUAAAGACCAAUGUCUCAGAUGACUUCAAGGCAUUGGAGGUGGAAAUGGGCUUGCGACAGGAGGGGCUGGAGAAAAUGCAGAGAUCUAUGAAUGCGUACAUCAAAGCCGUCUCUAAGCGAUCUGAGGUAGAGGGCAAGGAGAAGACACUGCCAAUUGCAUAUAUGGGAGGGACCAUGAUAUCCCAUGGCGAAGACUUUGAACCAGACUCAGAAUACGGGCAAUGUCUAAACAUGUUUGGCCGAACACAAGAGAGACUGGCCCGCGUCCAGGAAGCAUAUAUUGCUAGCGCCACUUCUUGUUGGCUGGAGUCCCUGGAGAGGUCAUUGGUUCAAUUGAAGGAAUAUCAAGCUGCGCGCAAGAGGCUGGAGACCAGACGGCUUGCAUAUGAUACUUCGCUGGCGAAGAUGCAGAAAGCUAAAAAGGAAGACUUCCGUGUCGAGGAGGAGUUGCGGACACAAAAGGCCAAAUAUGAAGAGUCAGCCGAUGAUGUCCAACGCCGGAUGGAGGAAAUCCGUGAUGCAGAUCCGGAGAGUGUUGCUGAACUCGGAGCGUUUCUGGAUGCCGAGCUGGCAUACCAUGACAAGUGCAGAGAGGCACUAUUACAGUUGAAAAGCGAAUGGCCCGCAAGCCCACAACCACAACACCGAGGAGGCCGUCCCAAUACUCGGUCACGGUCGAACACCGUCCGGUCCUACACGCAAUACGUGGAACCCACAGAAGAGUCAACUCCUGUGGCCGAAGUGCGUCCAGCUAUCAAAUCCAAUCGGAUACAGACUGGUCGAUUUGCGGAACAGCCCACAUCUGACCAUUCGCCUGGUAUUUCAACUCGGCCAAAUUUCCCCAGAUCAACGACAUUCGACAGCAACCACAAUCCAGCCAGAGACCUGUCUCCCGGAAAUCCUCGAAUUUCUCGUGUUCCAAGUGAUUCUCUGAUGAUCCGCACAGCGCGGUCGCAGCUGAGGAAUGUGGAGGAACAAGACGUUUUCGCGGAUGACUCAGGCUCUUACACGAACAGUAGCCCUGAUCAUGGCUAUGGGGAACAGUCUGCUUCUCCUACGACUUCGCAUGGGAGCGGAUCUCUCACUCCCCUCACUGGAAAGAAGAGUGGUGCACCUCCUCCACCCCCUCCUUCGCGAGCAAAGAAGCCACCACCACCCCCUGUACCGGCGAAGAGGACAGUUUUUACUUAG